UAGCACUCUUCGCUCUUUGCCACGAAUUGCAAGUUUGCGAUUCCGUCGCCUUCAAGUUCCCAGCCAUUGUUUUGUGCAAAAACCUUGGUAAUAGUGCGAUUCGUGGUGCGGCACACGUAAUCCUGGACACAAGGAGCAAAGUGAACGACGCGUACCGUUGAUUUAACGGCUUGAUAAGCGAAAUAAACAUCGCCGAAAAACGCCGGCAGGCGAAAAUGACGCUGGAUGUGGGCGGCGUCGCCCGGGGACUGCUCACCUGGGAAAAGCAGGAGCACCUGGUCAAACUGGCCAUUCUCAUCCUGGCAGCGGUUCUAUCGUUCGCCACGCGCCUGUUUUCCGUGCUGCGAUUCGAGAGCGUGAUCCAUGAGUUCGACCCGUACUUCAACUACCGCACCACGCGGUUCCUCGCCGAGCAGGGCUUCUACAAGUUCCACAACUGGUUCGAUGACCGCGCCUGGUAUCCCCUGGGACGCAUCAUCGGCGGCACCAUUUACCCGGGCCUGAUGCUCACCUCGGCGGCCCUGUACCGCCUGAUGUGGCUGCUGAACGUGACCAUCGACAUCCGGAACGUGUGCGUCUUCCUGGCGCCCUUCUUCUCCUCGCUGACCACGCUGGUGACCUACGCCCUCACGAAGGAGAUCCACAGUACUGGUGCUGGUCUGGUGGCCGCCGCCUUGAUCUCCAUCGUUCCGGGAUAUAUCUCCCGAUCUGUGGCGGGAUCGUACGAUAAUGAGGGCAUCGCCAUCUUCUGCAUGCUCUUCACCUACUAUUUGUGGAUCAAGGCUGUAAAGACAGGCACGAUCUUCUGGUCGGCCAUGUCGGCUUUGGCCUACUUCUAUAUGGUCUCCUCCUGGGGUGGCUAUGUCUUCCUGAUCAAUCUAAUCCCGCUGCACGUGCUGGCGCUGAUGAUCACCGGACGUUUCUCGCACAGGAUCUACAUAGCGUACAGCACGCUCUACUGCGUGGGCACUAUUCUAUCAAUGCAGAUUUCGUUCGUGGGAUUCCAACCUAUCCAGAGUUCCGAGCAUAUGCUGGCACUGGGAACCUUUGGCCUGUGCCAGAUUCACGCCUUUGUGGACUAUCUGCGCUCUCGCAUUCCCAAGGAUCACUUCGACCUGCUCUUCAAGACCUUGGUUUCCAGUGUGCUGACUGUGGUGUUCGUCGUGGGCAUCCUGCUCACACUCACUGGGAAAGUCUCACCCUGGACGGGCAGAUUUUACUCGCUACUCGAUCCGUCCUAUGCCAAGAACCACAUUCCGAUCAUUGCCUCGGUCUCAGAGCACCAGCCGACAUCCUGGUCGUCCUUCUAUUUCGAUCUGCAGAUCCUGGUGUUCCUAUUUCCAGCUGGCCUGUAUUUCUGCUUCUCCAAGCUGACGGACUCAAAUAUCUUCAUUAUUUUGUACGGAGUUACCAGCAUUUACUUCGCCGGUGUGAUGGUGCGACUGAUGCUGGUCCUGGCGCCCGUGAUGUGUGUGCUGUCCGGCAUCGCCAUUUCGCAUUUGCUGGCCAAGUAUAUCAAGAGCGUGGAUGCGGGUGGAUCGGGGAAACAGGGAGUGGAGAGCAAGCGUCAGCACAAGAAGCUGGAGCAGCAGACGGGCGGCGUGAAGAGCGAGGUGGCCAUUGGGUUUGUGGGAGUCAUCACACUGAUGCUGAUCGUGUACACGCUGCACUGCACCUGGGUCACCUCGGAGGCGUACUCUUCGCCCAGCAUUGUGCUGAGUGCCAGGUCGCACGAUGGAGGCCGCAUCAUCUUCGAUGAUUUCCGCGAGGCCUAUUACUGGCUGCAGAUGAACACCCCAGAGGAUGCUCGCAUAAUGUCCUGGUGGGAUUAUGGCUACCAGAUAACGGCCAUGGCCAAUCGCACGAUAUUGGUGGACAACAAUACUUGGAACAACACGCACAUAUCGCGCGUUGGCCAAGCGAUGGCUUCGUCGGAGGAAAAAGCCUACGAGAUAAUGCGCGAACUGGAUGUGGAUUAUGUUCUAGUGAUUUUCGGAGGACUGACUGGCUACUCCUCGGACGAUAUCAACAAGUUCCUGUGGAUGGUGCGCAUUGGCGGCAGCACGGAUCGUGGGGCGCACAUCCGUGAAAAGGACUACUAUGCCGCCAAUGGCGAGUUCCGAGUGGACAAGGAGGGUUCACCCACAUUGCUCAACUGUUUGAUGUACAAAAUGUGCUACUAUCGCUUCGGGCAAAUGUACACCGAAGGGGGCAAGGCCCAGGGUUACGAUCGAGUUCGGGCGGCCGAAAUCGGCAACAAGGAUUUCGAGCUGGAUGUCUUGGAGGAGGCCUAUACCACGGAGCACUGGCUAGUCCGCAUCUACAAGGUCAAGGAUCUGCCGAAUCGCGGGGUCUAAUCUAAGCCAGAGGUCGCCAUCAUUCCGCUCUAUUCUGUGUUCUGUAUAUUAGCUGUCUCUUUCUAUCUCAAAUAUUUGGUAAUCUCUCUAUCGCUCAACGAGUAUUAUUUGCUGCUUUCUCCUGCUUUACCCCUCGUGCAUUUAGUUGCACCAAACCCCAAAAAACCAUGUAUUUUUUUUAUAUUUUACAAAUGUCUUAAGUAAACCAGAUGCGUGUAGCUCCUUAAACAAGAAAACAGCAUGUAAGCGAAUCGAACGAAAUAUAUAUAUAUAUGUGAAAACGUAUCAGAACUA